AAAUGGGCAGAAAGUUUAUCUGUUCAAGCAUCGCAUGCCAGUGGAGAAAGUGACUACACUUCACAUUUAUGGAGACACUGUCAUUAACAUCAUGGGUACUAUUCCAAACUGGAGCAAUUCUACAUUUGGUAAGGAACUAGCCUCUGGAACUUCACGCACAAAGACUUCUAACAUCCAGACUGAUGUGCCAAACCCAGUCAGCAACCCUAAAAAAAACUACGCUGGCAAUAUCCCAGCAGAAAUGAGGCCUGGUGUGGCUUUGUUCUUCAAAGGGGUUGUUCCUUCAGAUUUCGAUUGCUUUGCAGUAAAUUUGCUGUCCUCCCAGACGAAUGACAUUGGUCUCCACUUUAAACUCAUGCCAAACCUGGUGGUGUUUAACACCUGCAGGAGUGGUUUAUGGGAAGAGCAAAUUGAAAUUAAAGCAAGUCCAUUUGUCAAAGGAGGAGCCUUUGAUUUCUUCCUGCUUGCUUCUACAAAAGGCUUUGAGGUGAUUGUAAACGGCAUGCCAUGCUGCACGUUCACUUACCGCAUGCCAAUAGAAAAGAUUAAUUCUGUUCAGGUCAAUGGAGAUGUUUUUAUGAACACAUUUGCAACUUUUGAAGUUGGCAAUGUUAACAUGAAAGCCCUGGUUCCUGCCAAUAUUUGAGGAUUCCAAAUCACCAGUGAAGAACAGUAAAAUGAGAAAUUCUUUACUGUUUGCAUUAGUCUAUAAAUACACAGACAACUUGGCAGAAGAAAUGGUACAAGUCAUCUUUAAAUAAGAUUUAAAUGUUAAAAAGGUUUUACAUAAAGAUUAAGUGUAAUAGAGGUAUGAUUUUGACUACUUUUGACCAUCAUUUAGGAAAAGAAAAUCACAAAAGUCAAUGUGUGAUUCUGGCUUUGAAAUGAACAAAACUCCACACUUAUACGUUUACUUGUUCCUUCAUACCUCAAACAAGAACAUGAGGUUGAACUUAUUUGCUUUCUUCAUACAUAUUUAGCAUCUUUUCUGUUUCAUGUCCACCUUAAUUAGGGGUGAAAUGCUAUUUUGGACCUCUAGAAAGUGCUCACUUCUAAAAAAAAUGCUGUGAGUGAAAUAUUAAACAUUACUUAAUUAGACAAAUGUAUUAUGAUGUGAUUAUAUGAUUCAGUUUCUUAGCUGUAAUGAAUUAGAAAAAUAGCAACUUCUUGCAUAAAG